AUGUCCGGGCCAAACAGCUCCUCCGAAUGGUCCAUCGAAGGGAGGCGGCUGGUCCCUCUGAUGCCACGGCUGGUCCCCCAGACGGCGUUUACCGUCACGGCAAACGCCGUUGCCAACGCUGCUCUCCAGCACAAUGCUUCUCUUCCGUCUCCCGCGGAAACGGGGAGCAAAGAAAGUGACGUGGUGGUGUGCUAUUCCUACACGAGUACAACUUCCACUCCCACAUCCACUCCGGUUCCGAGCGGCAGCAUCGCCACUGUCAAGUCCCCCAGACCCGCCAGCCCGGCUUCCAACGUGGUCGUCCUGCCGAGCGGAAGCGCCGUUUACGUUAAAAGCGUGAGCUGCUCAGACGACGACGAGAAGCCCCGCAAGAGGCGCCGCACCAACUCCUCGAGCUCGUCGCCCGUCCUCCUGAAGGAGGUGCCGAAGGCCGUCACGCCGGUGACGAAAACCAUCACGGUGCCCGGCAGCCCGAAGAUGAGCAGCAUCAUGCAGAGCAUUGCCAACUCCUUGCCUCCCCACAUGUCCCCGGUGAAGAUCACCUUCACCAAGCCCUCCACGCAGACGACCAACACGACAACCCAGAAGGUGAUCAUCGUCACCACGUCUCCCAGCUCCACCUUCGUGCCCAACAUCCUGUCCAAGUCUCACAACUACGCCGCCGUCACCAAGCUCGUCCCGACCUCCGUCAUCGCCUCCACCACUCAGAAGCAGCCGGUGGUCAUCACCGCCCCCCAGUCCUCCCUGGUCAGCAGCAGCACCGGCGGCUGCUCCGCCCCCUCCUCCGCCCCCAGCACCGUGGCCGUGACCACCGUGGUGUCCUCCACGCCUUCCGUCGUGAUGUCCACCGUAGCGCAGGGCGUGUCCACGUCGGCCAUUAAGGUGGCCUCGGCCAGGCUGCCUUCUCCCAAAAGCUUGGUGGGGACGCCGACCCAGAUCCUCGCGCAGUUUCCCAAGCAGCAGCAGCCGCAACAGGUGCAGCAGCCGCAGCUGACCCAGGCUUCGACAGUCACCCAGACGCCAGCGCCACCGCAGCAGCCGCAGCCACCCCCGCCACCUCCGCAACCGUCUCCUCUGCCCCCCGGCAUCAAGCCCACCAUCCAGAUAAAGCAGGAAUCAGGGGUCAAGAUAAUCACUCAGCAGGUGCAGCCCAGCAAGAUCCUCCCCAAGCCAGUGACGGCCACCUUGCCCAGCAGCAGCAACUCCCCCAUCAUGGUGGUGAGCAGCAACGGGACGAUCAUGACGACCAAGUUGGUCACCGCCCCCACCGGGACUCAAGCGACUUACACCCGUCCGACGGUGAGCCCGUCCCUCGGAACACGUUUGACGGGCACUCCAGGGGCCGCCACGUACGUCAAGACCACCAGCGGCAGCAUCAUCACGGUCGUCCCCAAAUCGCUGGCCACCCUCGGGGGGAAGCUGAUCAGCAGUAAUAUUGUUUCCGGUAACUCCUUGAUGAAGACCUAUUUUCAACAAAAAGGAACAACCACCAAAAUCACCACCAUCCCUGUGACAUCCAAACCGAACGUGAUCGUCGUGCAAAAGACGACCGGCAAGGGCACCACCAUUCAAGGCCUCCCCGGCAAGAACGUCGUCACUACAUUGCUGAACGCUGGGGGAGAAAAAACCAUUCAGGCGGUGCCAGCCGGGGCGAAGCCAGCGAUCAUCACUGCCACCCGGCCCAUCACCAAAAUGAUCGUCACUCAGCCGAAAGGGAUCGGGUCUGCCGUUCAGCCAGCCACCAAAAUCAUCCCCACCAAAAUCGUGUACGGCCAGCAAGGAAAGACGCAGGUGCUGAUCAAGCCCAAACCGGUGACCUUCCAGGCCACGGUCGUGAGCGAGCAGACAAGGCAGCUGGUCACCGAAACCCUGCAGCAGGCGUCCCGCGUGGUGGAGGCGGGGGCCGCCACGCUGCCGGAAGUGAAGGAAGAGCCCCAGGCGUACACCGACAGCAGCUCCUCCUCCACUGAAUCCUCACAGGGGUCCCAAGGCCGUAAAUUUUCGAGGAACAUACUCACUGCUACCACCAGAGGGCAAGCGUGGCAUUCCCAGCCGGUGGUCCACGUCAUCGCCUCCCGAAGCCAGGACUGGUCCGAGCACGAGAUCGCCGUGGACUCCAGCCCCACCAUCAUCUACCAGGACGUCUCCAGCGAAUCGCAGUCCGCCACUUCGACGAUAAAAGCCCUCCUGGAGCUCCAGCAGACGACAGUGAAGGAGAAGCUGGACUCCAAGCCAAGGCAGCCGACCAUCGAUCUGAGCCAGAUGGCCGUCCCCAUUCAGAUGGCCCAGGAGAAACGCCACUCUCCGGAAAGCCCCUCCAUUGCUGUGGUGGAAUCCGAACUCGUGGCCGAAUACAUCACCACUGGUAAGCGUCCUGUAGCCUCGCCGCGUUUCUGUGAAAGCCGACCUGUUGGGGAGCUUGCUUAA